AUGCAGUCUAACUACGGAGCACAGUUUGUCAUGCUGGCUGCGCUGAUUGCAUCGGAUGAGGUGAAAGUGAACAGUGAGGAUGAAGUUUUGGAGGCGGUGCUGCGCUGGUUGGAUUACGAUCGUCCCGGGCGACAGCUGCACCUACUCACGGUGCUGCAGACCAUCCGCGCUCCUUUUCUAAGUGCCCAGUCUCGGCUGCAGUACGAUUUGGCCCUGGAAAGUGCGGCGGUUGGGAUGGUUGAUGAAUUGGCCGGCGAGAUAAGGCAGAACAGUGACAACACCACCCCACGGCAUUCAGUCGGUGCACACGAAGUGAUGUUGUGCGUGAGUGUUUACGAUGCGGACAGUAAGGGAACGGCGGUGCAGGUGUUCGACCCGUCGAUUCCGGUUGUGUGGGGCCUGAAGAAAUUACCACUGCCCGCGGACUGCCGCAAUGCCGUGAUGCUGGACGAUCGCUGGAUGAUGAUCUCCAGCGUACAUGGCUGGAAGACCGUCCAGCGCGAUCGUCGCUUCACCGGCCUGGAUGAUGAGUGGGGACCGCCGGUGGCCAAGAUGCUGACAUGGCGCGGCGCGGAAGCUCUGGCUGUUCUGGAUGGUCGCGUUUACGUGGCCGGUGGCUAUGAAUUUAAACGUUCACAGCCCGUACUGUCGUCCGUGGAGGUAUACGAUUUCCCUGGUAAUUCGUGGAGUGCGCUGGCCGAUCUACCGGUUCCCCGGAUGCAUGUGGUCAUGGUGGCGCACGGUGGGCUGUUGUAUGCGUUCGGUGGGGAUAUCGAGGAGGACAACGCUAGCAACUUGGUGCACGCCUACCACCCCGCGGAAAACACGUGGAGCCGACUGGCCGACAUGCCCACGGGACGCGAUGGGGGACGAGCCAACGAUCUGGGGAUCUGUGCGCACGUGGAGGCCUACAAACCCGUUACCAAUCAAUGGCUGGGGAAAGGGGACCUGGUCCAACCGCGCAUGGAUCCCGGAUGUGUUUGUCUGGGCGGGAAGCUGUACGUCCUGGGUGGGUACGCUCCGUAUGGAGAGGACGAUGCUGGCCAUCUUAGCAUUGAAGUGUACGAUGACGAGGCGGAUCGCUGGACACUGCAUGAAUGCCGGCUGUUAUCCUUCAAUUUGGGCUUCGCCUGUGUGAAGAUGAAAUUAAAGCGGGCUUGA